UCGUUCUGGCCAGGGUUUUUUUUUUUAACACCACAAACUGAAGUAUUGUGAAAAAUGACUAAUGUCAAAACGCAAGUACCGCCUUCCUGCCCUACGCAAAACCAAUACAGGCAGGAACCGAACAUAAAUAGGAUGGAAUGAAUGAUUGGUGAAUUGCAGGAUAGAAAUAGUUGAUACACCUGUUGUGUCACGCAUAUAACAUUUCCCUCGUCAGACUCGUGGGCACCUUCCCGGUUCCCAGUUCGCGGCUCGGAGCGUCUGUCGGUCACCUGUGCCAGGGAUAGGAGGAAGAGGCGAGAGUUGAUGAGACAUUAGGGGACUGUUACCGAGGCUGCUUUGGGCUGCUUACGUCGAGGAGUGGCCGGAGAGCGUGGAUGGCACGGCGCCGAGGGGGACAUGGGGAACGUCCUCCGGCUCUGCACAACCGCGAACAAAUCCGAAAAAAGUAAAUCAAAAAAGAACAGUACAGGUUCUAACACCAGGGCAAGACAUGGUAAACAUGUGCAGGCACAUGAAGACUCUCCUGCCUAUGAUGAAGUAGCCCCUGACAUACCAGUCUAUGCUGUAGUGAAUAAGAAGAAGCUGGAAGAUGUCCAUUAUGCUGAAGUCCAGGUGAUCCAACAAAAGUCUCGGAAAACAGUCAAACAAGUUCGAGUAAAUCAGAAAGAAAACGCAACAGAGUAUGCUACCAUAAGCUUCACACCUGCGGUAAAAUACGACAGAAAAAAUGGGACUCUUGUAUAAAGUGCAGAAGAAAGAAUGGCUCCUCUGUCUUCCUUAAAAUGGACAUUUAUAUACAAAUUGAAAUGGACAUUUAUUUACAAAUUGAACUAGUUGUGACCUGGUUAAAAUGUUAUUUGCAGACUAUGUAAAAUAAUGUAGAAAUUGCUGGGGUUUUUUAACCAUAAAAUGCAGCCUUACGACACUCCAUUAUCACAACACAACCUCUUACUGACUUGUUAAGAAGAAAUUGUAAUUGUAAAAAUUAUGCUUAUUUAUAAUGUGACUUUUGCAAGACAUAGAAUGGCUGCAGAAAAAGGCUUUUGUUAGAAAUAUUUUGCAUUGAUAAACUAGUACGAUACAAAUUUAAUGAUUUCAUUUAAACUAUUUCUCAACUGACAAAGACUGUAUUUAUAUAGAAUCAUUUAGUGUAUUUAAAGCAAUAAUCUAACUUUGACAAUCUAUUAUCAUGACAAAUUGUGUUUAAAGAUGAAUUGUUGUAAUAACUUUUGGGAAUGGAGUGCAGCCUUAAGGACAACUUGCUAGAGUUUGAGCCACAAUAUUAUCCAUGUUAAAAUAGUCUCUUUCUGUCAAAA